AUGUCCGACGAGGCCAGGCGCGGCCCCGCGGGCGACGCGCAGGCGGUGAUCCGGGCCUCCUCCGAGGACCGCAAGCCGAUGGGCACGGGGUUCCCGCCGCCGGCCGCGGCCGCGGCGGCGGUGGCGCACAAGAUCCAGCUCAAGAGCGCCGACAUGAAGGAGGAGAUGCGGCAGGAGGCCUUCGAAAUUGCGCGCGUCGCGUUCGAGAAGCACAGCAUGGAGAAGGACAUCGCGGAGUACAUAAAGAAGGAGUUCGACAAAAACCACGGCCCAACCUGGCACUGCAUCGUCGGCCGCAACUUCGGUAAUGCUCUCCUCCCAACCCCCUUACGGAUAUUGAAUGAUUGCGCCAGUUGUAGUCUGAUAUGCUUGCGUCGUUACCUCGUUGGAUAUUCUGUGGUCAAUUUCAUACGUGCUAGCUCAUAG